AUGUCUUGUAGUUCCAAUCUUGUUUUUGUUUGUGUGUUUCUAGCGUUUGUUGGUACGAGUAUUGGUGUGGAUGGGAAUUUCAUAGAAUAUUUUGACACUCUUUUCGGAGAGAACAGAGCCAGAAUCGAAGAUGAAGGCCAAAGCUUAUUCCUAACGUUGGAUCAAUAUUCUGGGUCUGGUGUCGUUUCCAAGAGUGAGUUUUUGUUCGGAAGAUUUGAUAUGCAAAUCAAACUCGUCCCAGGAAACUCAGCAGGAACCGUCACUGCUUUUUAUUUAAGCUCGGAGGGGCCACACCACGACGAGAUAGACAUAGAGUUCCUAGGAAACUUGUCGGGAGAUCCUUAUCUGAUGUCCACUAAUAUUUUUGCAUAUGGCGAAGGUGGUCGAGAAAUGCAAUUCUACCUUUGGUUUGAUCCCACUGAGGACUUCCACACUUACUCUAUUGAUUGGAACUCUCAACGUAUCAUAAUACUAGUGGAUAAUACUCCCAUAAGAGUGAUGCGAAACAGGCAUGAGAUUGGAGUGCAUUUCCCUACAAGGCAACCCAUGAGGGUUUUUGCAACUCUUUGGAAUGGAGACUCGUGGGCUACUAGGUGGGGGCAGGUGAAGAUCGACAUGUCCAAUGCUCCGUUCAUUGCGUCGUUCCGGAACUUCACCGCCCGGGCCUGCACGGUGAGCCCGGAGCCGUCAUGCCGGGGAUUCAAUGUAGCCAAACAGACCAAAGACAUAGAUCCAGAGAACAAGAUGAAGAUGCAACAAGUGCAGCAAAAAUGGGUGGUUUAUGAUUAUUGCCAUGACUUUAGACGUUAUGCUCAUGGGCUUCCCUGGGAAUGCCGCAAAGCCAAUCUAAUACCUCAAUAA